CCGGGUGGUGGAAGAGGGAGCACCGGACACCGAACCCUCGCGCGUCUGUCUGGGCAAGUGGAAGCGAGGCCAGCGGACCGACGCCCUGAGCUCCAGCUUCGCGCAGUCUCUCCAGCCGUGCCAUUGGAAGCCCCGCCCAAGGAGAUGACAGAAGCCUAACCUGCAGCCCUUCGCCGACUCCGCCCAUCCAGCCCAUGGGCUCCCAGAGGCCCGCCCAGCUAACGAAAACGCGGUGGCCGCGAUGGCGGCGGACGUCGAAGGGGACGUGUAUGUGCUGGUGGAACACCCUUUCGAGUACACUGGCAAGGACGGGCGCCUCGUAGCCAUACAGCCCAACGAGCGCUACAGACUGCUGCGCCGUAGCACUGAACACUGGUGGCACGUGCGGCGCGAGCCUGGUGGCCGACCCUUCUACCUGCCCGCACAGUAUGUGCGCGAGCUGCCGGCUCUCGGCGACCCUGCCGCUGCCCCGCAGUUACCCGCGCCCCACACAAGCCCCGCAGUUCCCGAACCGCUGACCUACGACUACCGGUUCGUGAACUUGUCCGCGCCCACGGGCUCGGAUCAUACACCCGGGGAACCCCGGGGCCGCGCCAGCUCCCUAUGCGGUCCUGUGCGUCGCAGCGGCGCGGCUCAGCGCAGCAGCCUGGCGCCAGGCGGGCCCACCAGCCUGUACGCGCGACCCUCGACGCCAGUGCGCCCAGCGCAGUCCCUGGACGACCUGGCGCGCGCCGCCGCGCCCCCUGCCGGCCUCCUAGGAAGCGCAGGCCGCUUCAAGGCCUGCAGCGUGGCGGGAUCCUGGGUGUGCCCACGGCCCCUGGCGCGCAGCGACUCGSAGAACAUCUACGAGGCCAUCCCGGAUGUGCGCAGCCCUCAACGAGAAGAGAUCCCGGAGCAGGCGGACGACCCCCAGGAGCCGGUGUACGCGAACGUAGAGCGGCAACCUCGCGCCACCUCGCCGCGCGCUGUCGCAGCCCCCGGCCCCAGCCCGGUGUGGGAGACGCACACGGACRCGGGCACCGGACGCCUCUACUACUACAACCCCGACACGGGCGUGACCACUUGGGAGUCGCCCUUCGAGGCUKCGGAGGGCCCCGCCAGCCCGGCCACCUCUCCGGCUUCAGUGGGCAGCCCCGAGAGCCUCGAGGGCGAGUGGGGCCAGUACUGGGACGAGGAGAGCCGCAGGGUGUUCUUCUACAACGCGCUGACGGGCGAGACCGCCUGGGAGGACGACCCCGAAGACCAGCUGGAGAUGCAGCCCGGCCUGAGCCCCGGCAGCCCCAUGGACCAGAGACCCCCGACCCCUGAGACGGACUACCCCGAAUUGCUGACUAGUUACCCUGAAGAGGACUAUUCCCCCGUGGGUUCCUUCAGUGAGCCCAGCCCCACCUGUCCUUUGGCCGCACCCCCAGGCUGGUCCUGUCACAUCAGACCGGACAAGCAGAUGAUCUACACCAACCACUUCACCCAAGAGCAGUGGAUGAAGCUGGAGGACCAGCAGGGGAAGCCAUACUUCUACAACCCAGAGGACUCCUCUGUUCGGUGGGAGCUGCCCCAGGUCCCCAUCCCUGCCCCUCGAAACAUCUGCAAAUCCAGCCAAGACAGUGACACCCCAGCCCAGCCCAGCCCUCCAGAGGAAAAAAUCAAGACUCUGGACAAAGCAGGAGUACUCUAUCGCACCAAAACAGUGGACAAGGGGAAGCGGCUCCGGAAGAAGCACUGGAGUGCCUCCUGGACAGUGCUGGAGGGUGGCGUCCUCACCUUCUUCAAGGACUCAAAGACCUCAGCUGCUGGCGGCCUGAGGCAGCCUUACAAGCUCUCCACUCCUGAGUAUACCGUGGAGCUAAAGGGGGCCACGCUCUCCUGGGCCCCCAAAGACAAAUCCAGCAAGAAGAAUGUGCUGGAGCUGCAGAGCCGUGAUGGCUCCGAGUACCUGAUCCAGCAUGACUCAGAGGCCAUCAUCAGCACCUGGCAAAAAGCCAUUGCCCAGGGCAUCCAGGAGCUGUCUGCAGACCUGCCGGCUGAGGAGGAAAGUGAGACCGGCAGCGCAGAUUUCGGGUCCAGUGAGCGCCUGGGAAGCUGGCGGGAGAGAGAGGAUGACACUCGGUCCAGUGCAGCGGCCGGACCUGUCCUGAGCCUUGGAGGCCAGGAGAGCGACUUGAGCAAGGUCCGGCACAAGCUCCGCAGGUUCYUACAGCGGCGGCCCACGCUACAAUCGCUGCGGGAGAAGGGCUACAUCAGAGAUCAGGUGUUCGGCUGCGCGCUGGCGGUGCUGUGUGAGCGCGAAAGGAGCUCGGUGCCGCGCUUCGUGCAGCAGUGUAUCCGGACCGUCGAGGCCCGGGGGCUGGACAUCGACGGGCUGUACCGCAUCAGCGGAAACCUGGCCACCAUCCAGAAGCUGCGCUAUAGGGUGGACCACGAUGAGCGUCUGGACCUGGACGAUGGGCGCUGGGAGGACGUUCAUGUCAUCACUGGCGCUCUGAAGCUCUUCUUCCGGGAGCUGCCCGAGCCCCUAUUCCCCUUCUCGCAUUUCAGCCAGUUCAUCGCAGCCAUCAAGCUGCAGGACCAGGCACAGCGCAGCCGCUGUGUGCGUGACCUGGUGCGCUCACUGCCAACCCCCAACCAUGACACACUGCGGCUACUCUUCCAGCACCUGUGCAGGGUGAUCCAGCACGGCGAGCAGAACCGCAUGUCGGUGCAGAGCGUGGCCAUAGUGUUCGGGCCUACGCUGCUGCGGCCCGAGACAGAGGAGAAUACCAUGACCAUGAAUAUGGUGUUCCAGAACCAGGUGGUGGAGCUCAUCCUGCAGCAGUGCUCAGAUAUCUUCCCGCCCCACUGACCGCGGCGGACCUGGGACUAGGGGCAAAUGACUUGUGGUCCUAGGGAGACUGGAAUUGCUCUCCGAGGUCCUUGGCCUUCUUUGGGUCUGCAGGCACUGUGACGUCUAUACCCCUCGUUUCUGAGGGUAUAGUGACCCCUGGUGGGCAGUUCGUGAAAUGUGAUUUCCCCGCCCCCCCCUGCCCUGGCGGGUCGUGUUUAGGGUUAAUUAGGUUCUGUUCUUUAUUACAGCGCCACCUACUGGGCKGGUGGGAGAAUGUGUAGGGGUGAGAGUUUUGUUUUCUGGGACUCCCACGAGGAGGAGGAAUUUGGAGAGGGCCUUCCUGGCUUCUUCAGGCCUUCACCUGGUCAAGGCCUUCACGGAAACUCUGGUGGCGCCCCUGUCCAGGCCCUGUGCCCAUCAAGCAGCUACUGACAGCUUCCUUCCAGCCGCAUAGCUGAACCUGUCUCCCCCAGGCCUCAAGGAUGAGCUCUUGGGCUUCUUGCAGAGGUCAGGGUGGUCAGCUAGGUGAGGUCAGGGUUCCUGUUUGGGAUUAGGCACCUUUGCCCUCCCUGAUCCACUGUGUCCUGUGCAAGUUCUUUAUGCCCACUGGAUGUGGACCCUGCACCUGCACUUGAUGUGCACCUUUCCACACUCAAUCCCAUUUUACAGAUGAGGAAACUGAGGCUUACAGAGACAGAGUGACUUGUUCAGGGUCAGGUGGGUGAUCUGACUCCCCAACAGAGGUUCCUCCCAUACCACUCCAGAGAGGGCUGUUGAUCCUUUGAGCCACCUACACCCCACCGCAGCAUGGGACCAUGGGCAAAGCAAAGAAACUCAGCUGGGUCUGUCCUGUAUGUGCCUGGGCUGGGGAGUUUCCUGAACUCACGGAGUGAAACUGCCCCAGCUGUUCUUCUUGGGGGAAGAGGAAAGGUCAGGUGUGCCUGCCUGGUGCCCACCGUGCCAUGGAGGCCUGGGAAAGGCCUGCAAGGGAUGGAGGACAACCUCAGGAAAGGAGAGGUGAAACUUGGAGUCAGCAGACCCCUUCCCUCUUCAUGCACAAACCACCUUGGUUUCUGGAUCUCGAUCCCCAGCCCCGCCCAUCCACUCAUUGACUUGACCAACAAUAAUCAGUAAUAUUUAUUAAGCUUUCGCCAAGCAUUUUAUUUGGAYCAUCCCUGCUUGUUUCUCUCAGUCAAUAUUUAUUAUUUGUUCUUGUGUGCCCGGCACUGUGCUCUGGGGCAAGGAUGCUGACUCCUGUCCUGGUGGAGCUUAGGGUUCACUGGGUGAGGUGGACCCAUGCCAGUGGGGGCAGGUUAGGAGUUCAAAUGGAGGCCUCGUACCCAAGGUCUAAAUAUUUAAAAGUGAUCA